UCGAGAUCGGCCGCGGCUCCUUCAAGACGGUGUACAAAGGGCUGGACACCGAGACCACCGUCGAGGUGGCUUGGUGCGAACUGCAGACACGGAAGCUGUCCAAGAUGGAGCGGCAGCGCUUCAGCGAAGAGGUGGUGAUGCUGAAGGGGCUCCAACACCCAAACAUUGUCCGUUUCUACGACUCAUGGAAGUCUUCCGUCAAAGGACAGGUCUGCAUUGUGUUGGUCACAGAACUCAUGACUUCAGGCACCCUCAAAACGUACCUGAAGCGCUUCAAGGAAAUGAAGCUGAAGGUUCUUCAGCGCUGGAGCAGACAGAUCCUGAGGGGGCUCCAUUUUCUGCACACGCGAUCCCCUCCCAUCAUCCACCGGGACCUGAAAUGUGACAAUAUCUUUAUCACGGGUCCCACUGGCUCAGUCAAAAUUGGAGACCUUGGCUUGGCCACACUCAAGCGUGCCUCCUUUGCCAAGAGUGUCAUAGGAACCCCAGAAUUCAUGGCUCCAGAGAUGUAUGAGGAGAAAUACGAUGAAGCUGUGGAUGUGUAUGCCUUUGGCAUGUGCAUGCUGGAGAUGGCAACCUCAGAGUACCCCUACUCGGAAUGCCAAAAUGCUGCUCAGAUCUACCGCAAGGUCACCUCGGGCAUGAAGCCCAACAGCUUUUACAAGGUGAAGGUGCCUGAACUGAAGGAGAUCAUUGAGGGCUGCAUCCGGAUGAACAAGAAUGAGAGAUACAUCAUCCAGGAUCUUCUGGACCACUCCUUCUUCCAGGAAGACACAGGGGUCCACGUGGAGCUGGCUGAAGAGGAUGAUGGGAUGAAGUCCAACCUGAAGCUUUGGCUGAGGAUGGAUGACACAAAAAAGCUGCACGGGAAAUACAAGGACAACAAUGCCCUGGAGUUCCAUUUUGAGCUCUAUAAGGACGUGGCUGAGGAAGUUGCCCAGGAAAUGGUGAUCUUAGGUUUUGUGUGUGAGGCAGACUACAAGCUGGUGGCCAAAGCAGUGCGUGAGCGUGUCGUCGCCAUUAAGCGCCAACGGGAGAAGGCCAAGCGGGCUCAGGAGGAGCAGAAGCAGCAUGAGCAGGCUCCGUCGAUACCUGCCGACAUCCUGCAUUUGCUGGAGCUGGACUCCCCCCCAGCCCUCAGCUCUGGCCAGCCCUCGGUGCCCACCACGCCCGGAUCUGGGGAUUCUGCGCUUGGUCCAACCUUUCCACCAGAGCCGGAGGAGCCAGAGGUCGACCAGCACCAGCCCUUCCGGUAUCAGCAUAGCUAUUCCUCUGCCACAUACUGUGAGACUGAUGGAUACCUGAGCUCCUCUGGAUUUGUGGAUUUGCCUGACGUGCCACAGAGUCUCUCCAGCCCAGCCGCAGCCCCUGAGCCGCAACCCUCCUUCGCUUCGAGCAUUGCUGUGAGCCUAAACCCGGCCUCCAUCAGUGACUUCUCUUCCCCUGUGGACAGCUACACAUCGGACGUGGCCUCUGGCUUGAGCGAUGGCUACGAGGGUCUCUCUGCAGGUGAAUGCAGGCCAAAGCCCCUGGCCAAGCGAGGCUCUGGGAGACUACUGCGCCGCCGUGCCCGGUCUCGCCUGCGCAUCACAAAUAUGCCAGACCAGAAUGACCGUGUGGUUGAGUGUCAAUUGCAAACGUAUAAUAGCAAGAUGGUGACCUUCAAGUUUGAUCUGGAUGGAGACAGCCCCGAGGAAAUUGCAGCUGUCAUGGUUGCCAAAGAGUUCAUCCUGAAAUCUGAACAAGAUGGAUUCAUCCGGCGAAUCUGUGAUAUUAUCCAACGAGUGGAGACUCUUCUGCGCAAAGAUGGGCGGAACAAAGAGCAGGGCCCCCUGGCCAACCCUGAGGUGCAAUGUUUGUCCGCUACUUUGGCUGCUGAUGGACUCUCAGGUGAGCUGCCGCUACAAGGGCUCCCACGUUCCAUCUCUUCAUCCUCAUCUCUUAGUGAUUUUGGCUGCUCCAGCCCUGGGCAGUCUCUGUCAUCCCCUGUCCAAGCUUCAUUGGUGGAUGGCACCUCUGAGAAUGAGUCCUUCAGCCCCAUGGUUCCCCCACGAAGCACCCAGAACUUUGGGCUGCCUCUGCUUUCAACACCAUCCACAGGUGUCCCCAGUAUGCCUGUACAGACCUGGCCGCCUUACCACGUGGUGCCCAUGACUCCUGCAACUCCUCCAUACCUUCUCCCCAUUCCUCAGCCGAUCACCCCCAGAAGUCCGCUUCUUGCCUCACCCUCUGCCCCACCUGCGGUGCACACUCCGCCUGUCCCCCUCUGGACCCCCUCCACUUCCCCAAUAUUCUCCCUCGCCAAUGUCUUCUCACUGGCUGUGAUGAGCGUGGCCCAGUCGCUUCUUCCAGCAGUGUCCGUAGUGCCUGCUCAGACAGGGCCACUCUACACCUCACCAAUCCCACAGCCCCCGGUCUUCUGCCCGCCUAGCCCAACUGCUGCACGUUUUGUCUACCCUGAGGUGGUAUCUCCCACCAACCCCACCCAGGUAGCCAGCGAGAUGUCUGAGCCACUGGCAUCUCCAGUCUGUCAGCCAUCCCCAAAUGCCUCAGUCACUGGGCGGCCGGACAACCACAUGGUGCCCUCUGCCUCCCCCUUGUCUGGAUCACAGCUAACUGUGUCAGAUUCACCCACCGCUAACUGCUCCCUCGCCCGGCUCUCACCCAUCAAUGAAGAGCCCAAGCCACAGAUCCUGGGCCGCUUCCAGGUGACACCAACACGAGAUGUGCCUCCGGAAACCACUCCAAGGGGCAACAGGCCCAGCACCCCGAGCACGUCAGACUCCGACAGCGGGUCUCCAGCUGGAACAGUAGUGCAGGAAGCAGAGGAGGGCACCACCCCUGUGGCAGAGGGGGAAGGGGAAGGGGACGCCCCCCCGCAGCAGCCCUUUGCCUGGAUGCAUUACCUGCACAGCCCAUCCUACCCGAGCAGCGAUGACUCCGACAGUGCGGAGGACGAGGAGGUCUGCAAGGAGCUGCAGGCCUUGCGCCACAAGCAUCUCUCUGAAGUACAAACCCUCCAGGCCCAGCAGAAGCAGGAGAUAGAGGAGCUCUACGCCCGCCUGGGGAAGGUGCCGCCUGCUGGCAUUGUGUCGCCCGCUGCCAUGCUGUCCAGCCGCCAGCGCCGCCUCUCCAAAGGCAGCUUCAGCCCCUUGCGGCGCAGCAGCCUGCAGCGCCCGGAUUUGCCGCAGCCCCAAGGGAUCAUGAGGAGGAAUUCUGUCAGCGGUGGUAACAGCACCUCCCAGGAGCAGCGGCAAAGCAAGGGUGUGAAGUUCGCCAGUGAUAUUGGAGGCAUGUAGCCAGACUGCCUGUGCGCACAUGCGUGGACUACCUCAGCCUGUGACCCACUGUCGAAAGGACGGGAGCAGAUGGCAAAGGGUCCUAUGCAGCAUCGGCCUUAUACUCCCAGCUGUAUGGCCAACUACCAUUGCCCCACAUGGCAAAGGCCUUCUGGCGGAAGGAACAGAGGCACUGCCCACCCCAAGCAAGCGAGGAUGGUCGCAGCCCAGCACUACUGCCCAUGCCUUGUCUCUGCCUAGGCUUUGGAUCUGCAGAGAUUAGCCAAGCCCAUUUGGGGAUGCUUCUUGUGGAAACAAGUGCUUUUGCUGCUGCUUCUGUCUUGCAAAGGAAUGGUACUGAACAGAAGCCAGUCAGCCUCUGGCCUAUAGGAUCCCUUGUGCAAUGGAGGGAGGUUUUCAAGCUCCAAGCUAGAUUGACCCAUAGGCCUGGGAGGGUCAGGACUUGUUCUGAGCAGGCGUCGUCUGCCCCUCCGAAUGUAGGUUCAUUCACAAGACAAGGCUCUCAGAAAUCUUUAAGCAGAUGCCUUAAGUUAGAGGCAUUUGGAAUUUGUGCCUCAGUAUUAAAGGGAUUGGGGUCUCUCCUUCUUGCUUCAAUCCCCAAGCUGCUGCUGCUGCUGCUGCUCCUCACAGCCAGAGCACUACGCUAGAUCUCCUCUUGCAGUUUGUUUUUUAACUUUGCCCUGAUUGGGAUAUGAACUGCUUGGGGGUGCUACCCCUUGACUUGCACGGGAAUCUGCACCUUGAAAUGAAGCCCUGAAGCUUUCACCCUUGUGUACAAUGUUUUAUUUUUAUAUAUAAAGAUAAGCUUUGGAAGGAAAA